GCGGGGGCAUUUUAGGCUUUGCGGGUGUCUGGCUCGUUGCUGAGGAGGCUGCCCUCGGUUGCCUGCUUGCUCCGCUGACGGGUGAAAGACCAAGUGGGAAUAUUACACAAGGAAGCAUCCCUUAGGCUUUGGAAAUGCAGGAAGAAGAUUUAAGUGAAAAUGUUAUGUUUGUUGCUUCUAUUAUGAGUAGGGUUCAAGACCUGAAAAGCAAAUAUAAAAAUGAUGACAAUACUACAGCUGAGCUUAACGUCACCAAGGCAUCAGUGGAUACAACAGAUAACUCUGGAACUGUUAAUCAGAUUAUGAUGACUGCAAAUAAUCCUGAAGAUUGGUUAAAUCAUUUGCUUAAACUGGAGGCUAAGUGCACUCCUCAGGCUGACACCAGCUCGUUAAAUAAAUUGAUUGGUCGUUACAGGCAAGCAGUUGCAUCAUUGUCUGCAGAAAAAUACCAUCAGAAUGAAAGCUAUGCUCGCAUCUUGGUUAGAUUUGCAGAACUCAAUGUCACUGGAGACCCAGAAGAGGCACGCGAUCAGUUUCAUCUUGCCAGACUAACCUGCAGUAAAUUUUCUUUUGUUCAUGUGGCUUUUGCACAAUUUGAACUCUCUCAAGGAAAUCUGAAUAAAGCUAAACGGCUGCUGGAAAAAGCUGUAGAAGUUAGAGCACUUCCAGUAGAAAUGUUGGAAAUUGCCGUAAGAAACUUAAGUUUAGAAAGAAAGCAGCUACUUUCGGUUGAAGAAAAAGAGAAUUUGACAGCUCUAAACUCUCAUAAUGAAGCUGGAAACUUCCUGAAUAGGAAAAUAAAUGUUGAUUCUAAUGAGAUUACUGCCAGAACUCAUAAUUCUUGCCAUGGGGAGAAAAAAUACUCUCCUCAGGAAAGUGAACGCAAACCAUUGAAGCAAUUAAAUAAGUCUAACAAGAUGCGUCUGUUUGGAAGAGUUCCUUUCAGAUUAGUAAGCGAUGAUGAGGAUGACUCUGUGGGGAUGGAUAUUCCAUGUGCAACUAGUAUUGCAAAGAGGAAAAUAUCUGACAACAAUUUGAGCCAGUUGCCACUGCAUGAGUCAAAACCUAAUGGAAGUGAUAUACCAGGAGAUGUGAAGCCUUUACCAAGCAGAUGGUUAAUGGAAUUGCAGCCACCUGAUGAAGAGAGCUCAGAAGAAGCUACCAAUUCAGCUCCAACCUUAAAGAAUAAAUAUGGUUCUACUUAUGCUGUUAAACAAAAAGAAACUGAGGAGCACAACAAGGAGCCAAGUACCAUAGAACCAAGUUGCCUAGAAAGACUACAGCAUCCCUCUGUUCCUCUUGAAAAUAAUGAAAAGAAACAGUUAAGAUUAAAUUAUCAUGCAUCUGAAAAUAAGUGGUUUAAUCUUGAAGCAAUGCACAAUACAAACUUGGAGGGAAAAAACUCAUGUGCUGAACAGCCAGCAUUUCAAGUUUCUAAAAGAUUUUCACCACCAGAGUCAAUUUUUCAAAAACCUUCACCGCCAGAGACUGCACCGAAGAUAAACAGCCAGUCACUUGUUGGCCCAGUAGCUAGCAACAACACACUGCGAGAUUACAUGGCCUGUUUCAGUACUCCAGUCGUAAGGAAUAAUUUUCUUCACCUGAGUAAGGACACCACACCAUACAACCAGCUUUCCUAUUUGCAACCUUGUACUCCCUCAACUCCAUUCCAAAUUUCAACUCCUUCACUUAAAAAUGAAUGCAUCAGUAUUAAAGGAAAAUGGUACACUGUGUUGAAACAAAUUGGCAGGGGAGGAUCAAGUAAGGUGUUUCAAGUACUUGAUGAAAAGAAGCAGCUUUAUGCUAUCAAAUAUGUCAAUUUAGAAGAGGCAGAGCAACAAACUUUAGAAAGCUAUAAAAAUGAGAUUGCACACUUAAAUAAACUUCAGCAACAUUGCGAUAAGAUUAUCCGACUGUAUGACUAUGAAAUUAGCAAGAAGAGUAUCUACAUGCUGAUGGAAUGUGGAAACAUUGAUCUUAAUACUUGGCUUAAAAAGAAAAAAAUUAACCCAUGGGAGCGGAAGAGCUUUUGGGAAAAUAUGUUGGAAGCUGUCCAUACAAUCCACACACAUGGUAUUGUUCAUAGUGAUCUGAAACCAGCAAACUUUCUGCUAGUGGAUGGAAUGCUAAAACUAAUAGAUUUUGGCAUUGCAAAUCAAAUGCAGCCAGAUGUGACGAGCAUUUUUAAAGAUUCACAGGUUGGCACAGUUAACUACAUGCCACCAGAGGUCAUUAAAGACAUGUCUUCCUGUGGUGAAAAUGGAAAACCAAGGUCAAAGAUCAGUCCAAAAAAUGAUGUAUGGUCAUUGGGCUGCAUUUUAUACUGUAUGACCUAUGGAAGAACUCCAUUUCAGCACAUAACAAAUCAGAUUGCAAAACUUCAUGCCAUAAUAGACCCUAGUCAUGAAAUAGCAUUCCCUGAUAUUGCAGAAAAAGACCUCCAUGACGUAUUAAAGCGCUGUUUGGUAAGGAAUCCCAAGCAAAGAAUAUCUGUCUCUGAAUUGUUGGUUCAUCCUUAUGUACAUAUUCAAGCCAAUUCACAAACAGGGGGUUCAAGCACAAAAGGGACAACAGAGGAAAUAAAACGCAUCCUUGGUCAUCUUGUUGGUCUGAACUCUCCUAACUCCAUUUCUAGAGCUACUAGAGCUUUAUACGAGCAGUGCAGCAGCGAUGAAGGUUUAGAUGUGUCUGCUUUUGCAAACUGUGACAAGAAAACAUGGAGCACAAAGUGAUACAUAAAGUUUAGCUUCAAAAAGUAUUAAUGAAGACUUGAUAAGACUAUUCUAGGCAAUAGUUGGUCUGUUUAAACCGAACUGCCUUGCCUCUGAUUGUUUUAUGGUCUAAAUGUUCUUUGUCAUUUGUUUAUCCAGUAUUUGUAUGUUGGUCUUACGGGACAGUCAGUCGUGAUAUAACGUCAACAGAUUGGUUCAAUGUGUGGAUAUUUGGGUACAAAAUACAGAUGAGGCCUUAAAAUUUGAAAAUGUGGAAGAUAUUUUGUUGCAUUUCUUUAAAUCAUGCCCCCCAAUGACUUUGGGUUAGAACAAACUUCAUUUGCCUCUAGUAUUUGCCAGUAUUUUUCUUGGAAUAUUGACUUCUUUGUUUUCGUUUACUGGUGAUGUGGGACACUAUGAAUUUUGCUACUCCUAUACUCUGCUUUUUGUUUUAUGCUGUUACAAUACCGACAUGGAUUUGUUUUGAUUUAUAAAUGACACCAAACUUUGUAAUAAAUAAAAAAUGAAUGCUGUAAAUAAUAAUAAUAAUAA